CUCUGACCACCAUUCUGUGUGUUUCCCUGUCAGUGUUGAACUUGACCCUCAUCGACCUCCCGGGCAUCACCAAGGUGCCCGUGGGGGACCAGCCCCCAGACAUCGAGUAUCAGAUCAAGGAAAUGAUCCUGCAGUUCAUCAGCCGGGAGAGCAGUCUGAUCCUUGCUGUCACGCCUGCCAAUAUGGACCUGGCCAACUCGGAUGCCCUCAAGCUGGCCAAGGAGGUCGAUCCACAAGGCUUGCGGACCAUCGGCGUCAUCACCAAGCUCGACCUGAUGGACGAAGGCACUGAUGCCAGGGACGUCCUGGAGAACAAGCUCCUCCCCUUGAGAAGAGGCUACAUUGGCGUAGUGAACCGCAGCCAGAAGGACAUUGAGGGAAAGAAGGAUAUCCGCGCAGCGCUGGCUGCCGAGAGGAAGUUUUUCCUCUCCCACCCAGCCUACCGGCACAUGGCUGACCGCAUGGGCACACCACACCUGCAGAAGACCCUGAACCAGCAACUGACCAACCAUAUCCGGGAGUCACUGCCGACCCUGCGCAGCAAGCUGCAGAGCCAGCUGCUGUCGCUGGAGAAGGAGGUGGAGGAGUAUAAGAACUUCCGGCCCGAUGACCCCACCCGCAAAACCAAAGCCCUGCUGCAGAUGGUCCAGCAGUUUGGGGUAGACUUUGAGAAGAGGAUUGAGGGCUCAGGAGACCAAGUGGACACGCUGGAGCUCUCAGGGGGCGCCCGGAUCAACCGCAUCUUCCAUGAGCGCUUUCCCUUUGAACUUGUGAAGAUGGAGUUUGAUGAGAAGGACUUGAGACGGGAGAUCAGCUACGCCAUUAAGAAUAUCCAUGGAGUCAGGACGGGGCUCUUCACCCCCGACAUGGCCUUUGAAGCCAUUGUGAAAAAACAGAUUGUAAAACUCAAAGAGCCAAGUCUGAAGUGUGUUGACCUCGUGGUCUCAGAACUGGCCACGGUCAUUAAAAAGUGUGCCGAGAAGCUCAGCUCCUACCCCCGGCUGCGAGAGGAAACGGAGCGAAUCGUCACCACGUACAUCCGAGAACGGGAGGGCAGAACCAAGGACCAGAUUCUUCUAUUAAUUGAUAUCGAGCAGUCCUACAUCAACACCAACCAUGAAGACUUCAUUGGAUUUGCCAAUGCCCAGCAGAGGAGUACGCAGCUGAACAAGAAGAGGGCCAUCCCUAAUCAGGGGGAGAUUCUGGUGAUCCGCAGGGGUUGGCUGACCAUCAACAACAUCAGCCUGAUGAAGGGCGGCUCCAAGGAGUACUGGUUUGUGCUGACAGCUGAGUCACUGUCCUGGUACAAGGAUGAGGAGGAGAAGGAGAAAAAGUACAUGCUGCCUCUGGACAACCUCAAGAUCCGUGACGUGGAGAAGGGUUUCAUGUCCAACAAGCACGUCUUCGCCAUCUUCAACACGGAGCAGAGGUGA